UGGAAUCCCGUGAUAUUGUUUUACGUCGUCGGAAUGAUCAAUUACAACGUAUAAAGGAAACACACCGCUCAUAUGAUGCACUGCAAUAUCCCAUUAUAUUUUGGCAAGGUGAAGAUGGCUACGAUUUCUCAAUAAAAAUGAUAAAUCCCAUUGCAGGUUCUGAAACCAACAAAAAAGUCAGUUCAAUGAACUAUUAUUCAUACCGCCUAAUGAUUCGGGAAAAUGAAGAUAAUCACAUAUUGAAAUGUCGGCGAUUAUAUCACAAAUAUGUUGUUGACAUGUAUGUUAAAAUUGAAACGGAAAGAUUAACAUUCAUCAGGUUGAAUCAAACCAAACUCCGAUCUGAAGAGUAUAUUCACCUUCGAGAUGCGAUUAAUACUGAUGGAAAUGCACAGAAUGUCGGUCGGAUGACUAUUCUUCCAGCAACAUACAUCGGAAGCCCUCGGCAUAUGCACGAAUAUGCUCAAGAUGCCAUGUCGUAUGUUCGUCAUUAUGGUACAGCAGAUUUGUUCAUCACAUUUACAUGCAAUCCGCAAUGGAUAGAAAUCAAUCAGGAGUUAUUCUCUGGGCAAUCACCCAUUGAUCGUCAUGAUAUUACAGCCAGAGUCUUUAGACAAAAGUUGAAAUCUUUAAUGGAUUUCAUCGUAAAACAUAAUGUGUUUGGUGAGACACGCUGCUGGAUGUAUUCUGUGGAGUGGCAGAAACGAGGAUUGCCACAUGCACACAUUUUGAUUUGGUUGGUUGAAAAUAUAAGGCCAAAUGAAGUUGAUGUAGUGAUAUCAGCUGAAAUCCCUAAUGUACAAGUAGAUCCUGGAUUGCAUGAGGUAGUUAUCAAAAACAUGAUACAUGGUCCCUGUGGAACUCUUAAUCAAAAUUCACCGUGUAUGAUGGAUGGUAAAUGUUCAAAACGAUAUCCACGGACAUUAAUAUCGGAAACAAUUACUGGUAAUGACGGUUAUCCAUUGUAUCAUCGCAGAUCGACAGCAGACAAUGGAAAAUCAACAAUUGUCAAAUUAAAUCAACAAGAUAUUGAAAUAGAUAAUCGUUGGAUUGUUCCAUAUUCACCCAUUUUAUCAAAGACAUUCAAAGCACACAUCAACGUUGAAUCUUGCCAUUCAGUGAAAUCUAUUAAAUACAUUUGCAAAUAUGUAGCCAAAGGAGUGAUAUGGCUGUGA